AUGGAAACUCACUCGGUUUCCAAGCUUUUAGCUUUGUACUUGGUGGCCUUCUUGUUCGUGGGUUCUGAGCUGAUCCAAUGCACCACCGUGAGCUACGACAAGAAGGCCAUUCUGAUAAAUGGCCGGAGAAAACUACUCAUUUCCGGCUCAAUUCACUAUCCCAGAAGCACCCCUGAAAUGUGGGAAGGUCUUAUACAGAAAGCCAAAGAUGGAGGGUUGGAUGUGAUUGAUACUUAUGUUUUCUGGAAUGGUCAUGAACCUUCUCCAGGCAAUUACUAUUUUGAGGGGAGAUACGAUCUUGUACGGUUCGUAAGGACAGUACAGAAAGCAGGGCUCUACCUUCAUCUGCGAAUUGGACCUUAUGUUUGUGCAGAAUGGAAUUUUGGAGGAUUUCCUGUUUGGCUCAAAUAUGUACCUGGUAUCAGCUUCAGAACAGACAAUGGGCCAUUCAAGAUGGCAAUGCAAGGGUUUACCCAGAAAAUUGUCCAGAUGAUGAAAAAUGAAAGGCUAUUUGCAUCACAAGGUGGCCCCAUAAUCCUUUCUCAGAUUGAGAAUGAAUAUGGCCCAGAAGUCAAGGCACUUGGAGCUGCUGGUCAUAACUACAUAAACUGGGCUGCCAAAAUGGCUGUUGGAAUGAAUACCGGAGUCCCAUGGGUGAUGUGCAAGGAAGAUGAUGCCCCAGACCCUAUGAUAAAUGCAUGUAAUGGUUUUUACUGUGAUGGUUUCACUCCCAACAAACCUUACAAGCCUACUUUGUGGACCGAGGCUUGGAGUGGCUGGUUUUCUGAGUUUGGCGGCACAGUUCCCCACCGACCUGUUCAAGACUUGGCAUUUGCAGUCGCUCGGUUCAUACAGAAGGGUGGCUCAUAUAUUAAUUACUACAUGUAUCAUGGUGGUACCAAUUUCGGACGCACUGCUGGAGGUCCAUUCGUUACAACAAGCUAUGACUAUGAUGCUCCAAUUGAUGAAUAUGGUUUGAUCAGAGAACCAAAAUAUUCUCAUCUGAAGGCGCUUCAUAGGGCUAUUAAGCUAUCCGAACAUGCUUUAGUUUCUUCUGAUCCUACUGUUACUUCAUUGGGAACCUAUCAGCAAGCCUAUGUAUUCAAAGGACCAGGAAGCUGUGCAGCUUUUCUCUCGAACUUUCAUAUGAAAUCUGCUGCAACUGUCACUUUUAAUAACAUGCACUAUGAUCUACCUGCUUGGUCCAUCAGUAUACUUCCUGAUUGCAGAAAUGCAGUAUUCAACACUGCAAAGGUGGGAGUCCCAACUUCACAUGUGCAUAUGACCCCAACUCACAGUCGGUUGCUUUAUUGGGAGACUUAUGAUGAAGAUCUUUCCUCUCUACAUGAUAGGUCGAGCAUAUCAACUAUUGGCCUUCUAGAGCAGAUAAAUGUCACUAGAGAUACCAGUGACUAUCUGUGGUACAUGACCAACGUUCAGAUCAAUUCAUGGGAGUCAUUUCUCCAUGGAGGAAAAUGGCCAACUCUUACUGUGCAGUCAGCAGGCCAUGCCAUCCAUGUCUUCAUCAAUGGACAGUUCUCAGGGUCGGCUUUUGGAACUAGGGAGCAGACGCAUUUUACAUUUACAGGACCUGUGAACCUCCAUGCUGGAAUAAACAGAAUUGCACUGCUUAGCAUAACUGUUGGACUACAGAAUGGUGGGUUACAUUACGAGACAUGGCCAACAGGAAUCCAAGGUCCAGUUUUUCUGGAUGGUCUUAGCCGGGGAAGGAAAGAUUUAACAAUGCAGAAGUGGUUCUACAAGGUUGGCCUAAAUGGAGAAGCAAUGAAUUUGAUCUCUCCCAGUGGAGCCUCAUCUGUUGAUUGGAUCAGAGCAUCACUAGCUACUGGAAACCAGCAGUUGAAAUGGUACAAGUCCUAUUUUAAUGCACCGGUAGGAAAUGGACCAUUGGCUUUGGACAUGCGGAGCAUGGGAAAGGGUCAAGUGUGGAUCAACGGGCAGAGUAUAGGAAGAUACUGGAUGGCUUUUGCCAAGGGUGACUGUAGUGCGUGCAGUUACUCCGGGACAUACCGGGAGAAAAAGUGUCAACUAGGCUGUGGUCGACCAACUCAACGAUGGUAUCAUGUCCCUCGGUCCUGGUUAAAGCCAACACAAAAUUUACUCGUAGUUUUUGAAGAACUUGGUGGCGAUCCAUCGAAGAUCACCCUGGUUGAGAGAACAGUGACAAGAUGAAAGCCUAUUUAUCAUCAACAUUGUCUUCACACCAAGUUAAUCCCUGAAGCAGAGACUCUGGGAUAUAUAGUUGAAUGUUAUUUAUCAAUAACUAUCAGAAUGGGUGUCUGAAUUCGCAACAUGAUUCUCUGUACAGUAGUUUGUCCAGUAUAGGCAAGUGCUUUUGCCACAAAGUUCAAUUAGAUGGCUUCAGUUUGUACACGGAAAUGACUCGGAAAUUUAUUCUUGAUUUGCAAUUUAGCAAAAGAUUGAAUGAAAAUUAUGAUAUUGAUGCUUCCUGUUG